GUUUCAUAGCUAGAUUCAAUCAUUUGUUUAACAGUGCUGGCAUUUAGAUUCAUUGAAAAUACCUCAAUUUCUUCGAAUUGUGUGUGAAUUGAGGAAACAAGUAUUUUCGCACAGAAACGAGCCCAUGUUGAAGAACAGAGUUCAUCCCAGUAGCUGUUGGUUUUAGAAGGUUUUUUUGUGACGGGUGCUCAUGAACUCUUAGAGUAAGAGGUUUCAUGUUGAAUGUGUGCCCUGAAAUAACGUUUGAAUUACCGUGGUAUGUUAUCAAUUCCUGUAUGGAAUUGUUUUUGUAGCAUUUCUGUUAUUUGUUUUGUAUUCUGUAGUAAAAAGGGGCUUUUUCAUUUGAAUUUGUAUUUUCUGUCAUUAAGUACCAGGUACUUUACAGAUAGACACUCAAAAUAUAUCCCAUGUUUUAUUCAUUCUUCAAGUGAGGACAGUAGCUUUCUUUAGCUAGAUAUACAGCACUGAUUUAGAUGACUAGUUAUAUGUUCAAUAUGUUACGUCCGUUUUAAUUCUUUUUACCAGCAUUGAAAGCUCCAUGGAACACUAUGUUUAUGCCGAAGUCUCUGUGUGGUGGAGUCGGCUACAGCACAGUCCAAAUGAGCUGCUGUGUAGCACGCGCAGAAACCAAGUCCAGUACAAACGGUACAUGUAAUAUCUUCUCAUUUACUUCCGUGCUUAAAGGUCAGACUUAAAUGGUUUGAAACAUUUCAUAUUCUGAAGCAAUCUGAACUGGAUUCAGUUGGAAACAAAUUGGAUGUGAGAGACAGAAGUUUGUUAAUUUCGAAACUGCUUAGAAUGUUCCCUUCAUCCUUUAAUUGGCACUGAUGGUGCUGCCCUGCUCUAAUUGGCCCUGGCGGUGCUGCCGGCUCUAAUUGGCCCUGAUGGUGCUGCUGGCUCUUUUUAAUUGGCCCUGAUGGUGCUGCCCUGCUCUAAUUGGCCCUGAUGGUGCUGCCCUGCUCUAAUUGGCCCUGAUGGUGCUGCCCUGCUCUAAUUGGCCCUGAUGGUGCUGCCCUGCUCUAAUUGGCCCUGAUGGUGCUGCCCUGCUCUAAUUGGCUCUGGUGGUGCUGCCCUGCUCUAAUUGGCCCUGAUGGUGCUGCCCUGCUCUAAUUGGCUCUGGUGGUGCUGCCGGCUCUUUCUAUCUUGAAGGGAGAACUUCAGGAGAUCUGUUUCUGAAGAGAUGGCUUAUAGAAACAAACUAUAUUUGUAGCAUUGCCAUUUUAAAUAUAACAAGUUAUCAUACCGCCUUUGAGUUUUUUCAUAAGUAUAAUCACAUCAAGAUAAUAUUUAAAUAGAUUUUUAUAGGUAGACAGAUAAAAAAGACAGUUUGGUUGAGGAACAAAGAGAAAGACACAUCUUUCAGUGCAAAAUGAUCCGUUUCCAAGUAGCUUUAAACUUCAUUUUCUUUUUUUCUUCUUUUAUUUUACUGUCCCCUUACCUGUUUAAGGUGUUUGUAGUCAUUCUGGGUGCUUCUCGUUGAGGGUUUUUUAGUUUUAUAAAUGUGUUGGUUUCAGGAGCUACUCUUCCUGUCAGAAUAUAUGCCACUGAAGCACGAUCAGCCAAAGUGUCUUUAUAGAAGUAAGAACCAGCGCCAUCUAGUGACCGGACACUUUAGAAAAAGUUUUCUUCAGUUUUGUUGGCAAUACACAGCAGACAGUGCUUCGUUAUACAGACACCUGGCUGAUCCAGCCUCCAACUAGAAAAGCUUCUGAACUCCUAAUCAAAGCAACACAGCAGCACCAAACAAUACGAAACACAGCCUGGGAAGGAUUGCAAACAACGUGGAAGGGUAAGGGAACCGUAACAAAUCACAAGAUGGCAUUUGACGUUACUCUGUUUUGGUCGGUAGAACACAUUUAGACUUUGCACAUCUAUAUUUGAUUAGUUUAAUUGCGUGCAACUUGGUUUCAGAUUUAAUGAGGUGUUUUCCUCUCCCCAUGUGUUCCCUUCACGUGUUCCAAUGAAGACCCAUGCAAGCCGUGGACAUCAUUAGAUGUGAUCACCGUGUCCCUGCCUUUUAAUAUUUGCAGUAUUACACAGAAUCCCAGACGCUGGAUGCAUUUGAGUACAAAUCUCUGCUUGUCUUAUGACUGCCACGUUGUUAAUGUCUAGUUUCAGCAAGGAGCAGUCCAUACAUUUGAAAUGUGGGACAUCAGGAGUGAUUUCCUGGGAUUGCUGUGUUAGCACUGUGUACUUUAACCCAACCCCUGGGAUCUGAGAACCACCUGAUAUCUUAAACAACGGGGCCUGACCGCGGCUGGCUUUGUUUUUAAGUCAUUUUUAUUUUUUAGUUUUAUUUUAAGUUGUUUUUUUUAAUGUUUUACUUGUUUUUUUAUUGUUUUUUUUUUUUAUCCUGACGGAUUUAAUAAAAUAAGCUAGCUUGAAUAUUUUCUACUUUUUAGAUUUUGUGUACUUCAAUUAACCAAAUAGAAAUGUUUCAAAUGAACCUUAGAUAAUUUAGAAAGAAGCUCAUCCUGUGGCUUUUUUUGUUUAUUUCUUAUUGUUUUGAAUUAAAGUUCUGCUUUUUUGCAAAUCCUGCUGCCUUCAGUAAUGACACUGUUCAAGUGAUGUGUUGAGGCUGAUCAUAAAUACAUGUUCCAAACGAUCGCUUCAGUAUGUGCACGGGCUUUUGUCUGGGGUGUCAUCAUAAACGUCUGUUCUUAUACACAGGACUGUUCAGUGAAGACAUAAGAAAGGAAAAGCCCACUUAAAGAGUUUUUUAGCUUUAUAACACUUGUCUUAUUGUAAUGUUAGAAGUAGACCACCUCCUUUUCAAUGUUUAUUUUUAAGGGGCUCAAAAAUUACUGUAAUAAAUCACCUUUUAGAUUGUGUAUUUAACUGGGGUUUAACAUGAUUUUAGAUUUUCCUUCGCUUGUAUGUCUCUGCCCCGGCUCUAUUUGAUCAGGUCAGAAGCAGAGGAUACAUUGAAAAUGAUCACAUUAAGUAGGAAAACGCCUGCAACCCGGUGCACAAUAGACUCAAUAAAAUAACUUCUCAUAAAAAUAAAUGUUCCUCUGUAAGGUGAUCUAUUGCAGUUUUUGGGAGCCCCUGAAAAAAGACAUAAAACCAUUUUAGCCUCCUCAGCUUUACAAUGAGCAUUCCAUAAAACCAAAGGAAUACCGGAUAAUCCUGGCAAAGGCCACGCUGUAAUAGGAUUAGUAAAGACUUGGGUGCUCACUUUUUCAGCCCAAGGGAACAAUUCUCCACUACAGGUGAAAACUGACUCAGUCAUUGAAUCUGUCAUGUCAGAGGGGAUUGGUGUUCUCAAUAUUGACUGCUGAGUGACAGGCAGUAGUGUUUAAUAAGACCAUAUUAAAACCUGGUGGAUGGAUUUCUUCCUCUUUUUAUAGUCCAGUAUGCGGGAAGCAUAUGCAGAUGAAGAGGUGUACAGUUUUACAGUCUGGUGGUCAUGAUUACAAAGGUUGAACAGAAAAGUCAGAAACACUUCAUGCGUAAUUUGAAAAUGUCUAAACUGCUUGGCCCUGUACAAUAUGCAACGUAUUCCAGUAGCUGAUUUAAGGUUUGUAGAAUUGUAUUUAAAGUGGACACUAGGGGAGCCGUGUUCUGAGUUUGGCACGAGCUCUUCUGGUAAGGUGUACAUGCCAGAUGUAUUUCUUUCAGUUUCUGUCUUUUGGUUUGUUGUCGGGUCCAGUGCUUCUGCUGUUACAGGUCUGUGCAGCUGAAUCGGACGCAGUGUUUGUUUCAGACUGGUACUCUCUCUGUUUUCUAUGGUACUUUUUUAAAAAAGAAAAAAAAAAACACCACAGCAAUGGACAAUAAAUUGGACUUGAGGUUCAA